AUGAAGAAGCGCAAGGUACUUACCAAGAUUGAUGGAAAUUGCCUCUCAAAAAUUACGCGGUCGAUUGGUACUGACCCAAAAGUGUUGGGGGGAAGGGGAUUGGUUCUGGGAUCGGUUCGAGGAUCGAAAACUCCGCGAACCUCCAACCUAUCAGAUGGACUAACUAAAGGACAGUGGAUUGAGAACAACUCUCAGUGUGGUGAAAAAAAGCGAUUUCCGGAAGAGCGUGAAGGUAAGGCUAACGAAUUUUCGGCCUCGCGGAACGGUACAUUGUCAUUCCGAAAUCGCUGCAAUCAACUGCAAUAUGAUCAAGUCAAGGAGAACAACAACUUCAAGAUUAUCGGAGACACAGAAGCAAGAAAGGGGCAAUGGAAGCCUACUCUGAGAAACGAACGGGGAACUAUGCAGACUUUACCAAGCGCCAAGGGAUAUUUUGAUCAAAAUAUUGGAUCUGAGUCUGAUUUUCGCAUUGCAAGAUAUGUUGAGAAAGACAAACUGUCGUCUCAUGAAGUUCAACAUGACUAUUUCAAAUCCAGUGCACGUCAGGGAGAUGUCCAUGGAAGGUUAGACGGUCACAGAUCAUUCCGUCGAUCCCUCAAUGCCACAAUUCCCAGCAACUGUACUAUUGGAAGCAAGCUACCCGGCCAAUUUGAAUCAACGGAAGAAAGCGAACUCGCGGUCUCAUCACCUUGUCGAAUUCGCAGUGCGAAAUGGAAUCUACAAGGCAGAGAAUACGAGCCGCAGUACAAAUCUAACGCCAACUCCACACAGCCAUCACACGGUGGCUAUUUUACAAAAAGCUCCAAGAGCACUGCGAGCAUUGACUCAAAAGAAAUAGAAGCGCAGAAUACAGAUUAUCAAUUGCAAGUUUGGUCAGUAGAAGGCAACCCCAGCUCCCCUCUUCAUCUCAAGAUUGAUGGCAAGAUAUAUCUACAUCCGCAACUGCCUUCUGGUUGGGAGAUAAUCGUCUCUGAAACUCAAAAAAGACCAUUUUAUGUCCACCCUGAUUUUGGUUCGACAUGGCACUGCCCCAUCAUUCUCCCAAGGAAAGUAUUGAAAAAAAACCAAGGUGAUGUUGAUGUUGUGAUGGAGAAAGACGCCAUAUCAGCUGAUCAUACAACCACCAAAAGGAAACAACGUAAUGUGGUGAACAGAGCGCCGAUUCAGAAGAAGCGGCUUGAGAAAAGCAUGUCAGAAUUGGUGACAAGUUACGAAAGUGAAAAGAGAUAUCCAGAUGACACGCCAAUCGAUGAUUUGAAACGCCAGAUUAUAACAGGAGGAUAUGGCAUUAGCCAAACUAUGGAUGUUGAAGAUUCGUCCCAGAUCAACCGACACUGCUUCGAAAUUUCUUAA